AUGGAUACUGCCUUGACGCAAGAACGACGGUCCGCUGUCGAAAACCCGCCGUCGAUUCACAACGCACCAGGCCGCCGUGCUUUCCACAAGCUUCCCGACGAGAUAAUCGAACACAUCCUGCUUGAGACGGACCCCAACGGCUUCGCUUCCUUAAUCUUGCUCAACGCAAAAUGGAGGGCCACGUCCCAACGACCUCAUCUCUACGCUCAUCACCUAAGCCAAUGUCCAUCAUACGCCGCGUCACACCCUCCUAUUCCUCCUGCCGACGAUGAACAUCUACCGCUGCUGCGCCGCCUUUUUGCUCGUGAGGUCAAACGAAACCUCUUCGAGGCCUAUCUUCGGCCGAAACGUACCUUGGUCAAACUGGUCUCCAACUCAAUCAGCUCGUCCUCCUGUCCAGGAGGAGAAGGGAUGCAAUUCAGCUUCUCACCCCGGGGCAAGCACGUCCUGGCAUACAAUUCGUCAAGGAUCCAUGUCCUUGCCGUCUACGGCCCCUCGGUCCAGGUCAAACGCGAGUUCAAGAUUCAACGCCGGCCGCUGUCCGCAUGCGUUACCGACGACGCCACCAUCCUGGCUGUCCUUUCCAACGAGUUGCAGGUCGACGUCUACGAUUUGCGAGCAUCGCCACCUCGCCGCAAGCAAUCUCUGAUAUUGGAUAACUCACCUCGGACGAUAGCCAUUUCAGCUUGUGGCACGGUCCUUGCCGCCGCUUAUGACGGGGGCAUCGAGGUAUCUGCCCUGGAUGCUUCCGCUCUGCCAACCCAGAAGAGGGCUGUCAAAUGCGACGCAGUGGAUGCCUUGGCAUUUUCACCCGACGGGACCCAGCUUCUGGGCACCACCGUCCACUCUUCUCCUCCGAGCACGGUCGUGCUCACAGCCCCGUACUACGAUCCCGGCAAUCAGAUGCUGGCCGAGGACCUCAGCGCAAUGUGGACCACGUCCAUCCUGUUUCCGAAUACGAGUCGCGACUGCAGCCAUGCCACAUGGUUGCACGAUGGCGAACGGGGCGAGCCCGAGUGGACUUUUACCUACGACCGUUGCUUUGAAACCUUCCGGGCUGUCCGGCUGGACGACCUACGCAACGGGACCACUUAUUUCACCGGUCCCAUACCGAGAGCGGCUUCGCAGACCAAGCUUGUUCCUUGCACACUGCCAGCAGCCACCACCACCACCACCACCACCACCCGAGGUGGCCUCGUAUCGGCGGGGUUCCAAGGCAGGGACAUCUGGAUAUACGGUGUGCCCGAGGACUUGGACGCCGUACCGGAAGCUUCAUCCGCAAGCCGCAGCGCCGCUUCAUCGAACAUAUCAGGGCUAGCCAGACACGGCAGCACUAGGAGCUGCUUGUCUCGACACGCUUCUUCGUCGAAAGCCCACGACAUCGAUGAAGAGCAGGUCCCUCACUGGCAGGUGCUAUGUGACAAGGCACGAAACAACCUGGUUGCUGGUGUCAGAGUCAUCGAGCUUGGUGGGGUCAGCGGCGUCAAAUGGGUCCAACAGUCUGAAGACUCGGCUUCUUCUCAUGAGCAAUUGGUGGUCACUGCUACUGGUGUGGUGAGCCCAGGGCUUGCGUCGGACAAGGAGGACAUGGACUUUGUAGACGGCGGCCGCAUCGCUGUUCUGGAUUUCGAUUACGGCAUCUUGGAUGGGGAGACGGUCGAGGUGACGAUUGAAGUCGGAGCCGACAACGUGGAGCCUCUUGAAGAGGAACGACGCGACUUGGAAACCGACGUUGCCAUUGUUCGACGACGAACUGUCGCCCAGAAACGAAGAGGCAGUGCUGUGACUGUUCAAGCAGCUACAAUGGCCGGUGAACAUGGCCCGCUUGCCCCCGCGCUUCCGGCGAACGACGAUGGUGACGACGACCCUCUCGUUCCCAGAAUGAUCGGACAGCACCCCGUGUACCGCUCAGGCGCGCCGCCUCCAGAAUCGGAACCCGAGGAUUCUGCUGCCAUCGAAGAGCAGGAAGCUUUGGACGCGCCGUAUGCUCACUCCAGUCCUCGGUCAAACACCACUCUGCGCCGGGCAGCCACAGCCGCGGCCGUGAACAGACGUCUGAAUCCCCGCACGGCUGACGGGCGACUAAUUGAAUACAGACGCGCAGACGGCCGUGCGGAGCAUCCCCACGAAAGCGAUGCCGAUAACUGGGUGCCUCCCCCGCCGCCAUACCAGAAGGAUGAUCCUGGGGAUCUGCCGGCUUUUCUGCGAGGCCCUUCCGUGGCUCCUGUGCCUAACACGAUCUUUUCACCCAUCCCCCCUAUUGCUCCCCCUGCGGGAGAGACGCCAAGCUUCUCUCUCACCUGGGCAUUGCAUCAGCCUGAUCAGGCCAAGGGGAAUGGGAUGCAGUGCAGGCGCGCUCAUCAGCGCACGGCAAGCGACUCUACCACCGUUAGUAGACAAAGGAUGAUGACCGACAUGCCGCGCCCGAGAUCCACUCCAUCCGUUCACUCCAUGCAGGUGGAUGACAUUUAUGAUAUCACGCCUCAAGGCUCUCCCCGCAUGCCAAUUUGUCAGCCAACUGGGUCGACUUGGUGUACGGAAACUGGAGCAGUUCCCCAGUCGGGCUGUGGUGAACCUCCCUCUUCGGCCGUGUUGAGCGGGGCGGGUCUCGCUGCUGCUCCGUUGAACCCUGGUUCCAGCGCAGGCGGAGUCCCGGCUUUGCAUUUGCCGAUGCCCGAUGCUUCUUGUCUGGCUCUGGCUCUGGAGCCUGCUGCUGCCGAGGGCGGAGCAAACGCUGGGCUGCUGUCGCAUGCUCCAACAUGGCCGAGACAACUUGCCGAAGCGUCGGACAGUACGACACCACCUCGGCACGGGCUUCUCUACACGGCUACGCUACCAAAUGUGACUUUGAACGAUGCAGCAGCAGCAGCAGCAGCAGCAGCAGCAGCAUCAUCAUCAUCAUCAUCGGCUGCCCUUCCACCAGCCCCGAGCUCUAGCCAGGUUGCCAGCUUGAACAAGAGGAUCAGUCAAGGCAAUCCUCGACGAUUGUCAGGCAACAUCCUGAACCCCAGCCUAUGGACGGAUCAAGGGCGCAGCGUGACGGAACCCGAGCGAAUACGAACCCCGCGUGACGGGGGGUCCACGGCGCCGAUGCGGAGACGAGGGCCUUUGGAUGCCUCACUUAUACUUUCGACAUCAGAACACGACCGGCCGCUCAUAAUCAGCACGCCCACCGGAGUCAGCGGCUCCCGCGACCCACCCAUGGGAGAGAAACUCGCCACGGGCGCGGAAACGGCCAUCCUUGCGCCGACGCCACGACGCCCGCGGCCCAACCGUCUCCUGGGACCCGGAGGCGCGGCAGAGCAGCUGGAGUACAUGUGCGGCAACCAGCCCGCCCCGGCGCCGCUCCCUCCCCACAUGCGCGCAAGCGCCAACGCGCUACCGAUGUGGAUGCGGACGCCUUCCAACUCGUCUCGGCGGACGGCGAGCAGCGCGCACCGGCGUCGCAGCCGGGCGGAACGGAGCGCCAUCAAGAACAUCAAGGACGCGAAGCUGAGGGGGUGGACGAGGAAGAGGGCCAAGAACAAGGAGCCCGGUGCUGAUGGCGGCGGGUGGGUUGACGUGCGCGCGCCAGCUCAACAGAGGACGGGUAAAUGCGUCAUGAUGUGA